UAUAAAAAAAUUAAAUGUUUAUAAAAUAAUGAGUACAAUAAUAAGCCGUCAUGAAAUUUGUUAUUUUAAUGAAAUAUUAGUGCAAAUUACGCCUACAAUUGUUCAUGUUAAAUACGAAAUGUAGAAAAUCUAAAGUACCAUUUAUUCAUUAGAUCGACAAGAAGCAAUUGAAUUAAAAUCGCAAUAAAAAGAAUCAUGGCUGGAAAUGUUCAAUAUUUGACGAGAUCAAAAAAUGAAGCAUGUAAAAAAUUUACAAGGUUAAACCAUGAAGGCAUAGGAAAUAUAUACAACAUGGAUAAAACGUCAGCAACGUCUCUGAAGAUUAUUGAGCUUAUUUCAAUGUUUGAAUCGGAAGAAUCUACUUCUUUACAAAAACCAUUGACUAAAGAACAAUUGAUUUUUGAAAAAGAUGAUAAUCUCAAGGGUAGAGAAUAUCAAACUACUGAAAUGUCACAAAAUAUAUUAACAGGAAGCCAGAUAAUUAAGAACAUGAAAUCUGACAAAAAUAGUUACAAUGCAUCAACAAGUGGCUGUGAGUUAUCAGUGAAUUUAAGUCCACUAAAGCAGAGUGAUAAAGAAUCAACUAAUGUGUUAGUUGUAAUUCAUCCGUGGUGUAUGUUUAGUAAGUCACAAAUAGACAGGAAUUCGGAAUUUCCACCACCAGGAUUUUUAGAACAACUCAAAGCUAAGUUUUUAGCAUUGCAAGACCAAAACCGUCAGUCUCCAUCUACGUUGGAAAAAAACAUGAAGCGUAGGCGAAAGUGGUGUGUACAAUAUGCUUUAAGAGGCUCAUUAUGUGCAGAAAAGAUAAAAUUGUUAAACAAACAAGCCAAUUUAAUGGUCAAUAAUAGUCCUUCAAAAACAUUACAAUAGAUAAAAUUAUUGUUUAAUAAUAAAACUAUAUUUUUAAAUUUUAUUUUUUGAAGUGAAAAUACUACAUAAUUGUUAUGAUGUAUAACUAAUAUUUCAAUAGAAAAUUAAACAAAUUUUGAAGUAAAAA